AUGAAUGAUGAUGGGUCAUUCAUGUGUUCUUGUGACGAUGGAUACGAACUACAGACUGAUAACAGAACGUGCAAUGAUAUAAACGAGUGUCUGUCAAACAAGGGAGGCUGCCAACAUGCAUGUCUUAACGAGGAAGGAUCAUACACGUGUUCUUGUGAUGACGGAUACAAACUGCAAUCUGAUGGAACAACAUGUAUUAAUACAAACGAAUGUCUGACGAACAAGGGAGGGUGCCAGCACAAGUGCAAUGAAGAGGAAGGAUCAUUCACUUGUUCUUGUGAUGAUGGAUACGAACUACAUUCUGAUGGAACAACAUGCAAUGAUAUAAACGAGUGUCUGUCAAACAAGGGAGGCUGCCAACACAAGUGCGUUAACGAGGAAGGGUCUUUCACGUGUUCUUGUGAUGAUGGAUACAAACUGUAUACUGAUCAAACAUCAUGCAAUGAUAUAAACGAAUGUUUGGUGAACAGAGGAGGAUGCCAACAUAUUUGCGUUAACAAAGAAGGAUCAUUCAUGUGUUCUUGUGAUGAAGGAUACGAGCUACAUACUGAUGAGAGAACAUGCAAUGAUAUAAACGAAUGUCUGACAAACAAUGGAGGAUGCCAACACACAUGUCUUAACGAGAAAGGAUCAUUCACUUGUUUAUGUGAUGAUGGAUACGAAAUACAUACUGAUGGGACAACAUGCAAUGAUAUAAACGAAUGUCUCACAAGCAAAGGAGGAUGCCAACACAGGUGCGUUAAUGAGAAAGGAUCAUUCACGUGUUCUUGUGAUGAAGGAUACGAGCUACAUACUGAUGGGACAACAUGCAUUGAUAUAAACGAAUGUCUUACAAACAAGGGAGUAUGCCAACAUAAGUGUAAUAACACAAAAGGAUCAUUCACUUGUUCUUGCGAUGAUGGAUACGGACUACAUACUGAUGAGAGAACGUGCAAUGAUAUUAACGAAUGUCUCACAAACAAUGGAGGAUGCCAACACACAUGCCUUAACAAGUUAGGGACAUUCACAUGUUAUUGUUAUGACGGAUACGAACUACAUACUGACGGGACAACUUGCAAUGAUAUAAACGAAUGUAUUACAAACAGGGGAGGGUGCCAACACACUUGUCUUAACGUAGAAGGAUCGUUCACGUGCUCUUGUGAUGAUGGAUACACACUACAUACUGAUGGCAGAACGUGCAAUGAUAUAAACGAGUGUCUAACAGGAAAUGGAGGAUGCCAACACACGUGUAGUAACACUGAAGGAUCAUUCUUCUGUUCUUGCAUUGAUGGAUUUGAAUUAUAUAUUGCCGGAAAGCAAUGUUUGGAUAUAAACGAGUGCGAAACAAACAAGGGAGGAUGCGAACACUCGUGUUCUAACACGGAAGGAUCGUUUAAAUGUACAUGUAAGAAUGGCUAUGAGUUGCAAAAUGAUGAAACAACUUGUACAGAUGUAAACGAAUGUUAUUUAGACAACGGAAAUUGUGAUCAUGCGUGCAUUAAUAUGGAAGGGUCAUAUAAAUGUUCCUGCAAAGAAGGAUACGAACUUCUAAACGACGCAAAGUCUUGCACUGACGUUAAUGAAUGUCAAACAAACAAUGGAGAAUGCUUACAGAUGUGCAUGAACACAAAUGGAUCAUUUGUGUGUUCUUGUUACAAUGGUUUCUAUCUUCAAAAUGACGGUAAAACGUGUAGCGAUGUUCAAGAAUGUCGCACAAAUAACGGUGGAUGCAAGCAAAGGUGUGAAAAUACAGAAGGCUCAUUUAAGUGUAUGUGUUGGGAGGGAUACAAGCUUCACCCGAAUGGUUUAUCCUGUGUUGAUAUAAAUGAAUGUGCUGUCGACAACGGAAAAUGUGAAAACAGUUGCCACAAUUUUUUUGGAACAUAUACUUGUGCUUGCCCAGUUAAACAUAUUUUAAAAACAGAUGGAUUGACCUGCACUGACGUCAGUAAGCAGUCCGUUUCAUCAUCGAUAAGACUUGCCUUAGAUGACGAAACAGCUAUUUCAAACUACACGGUAUAUGUUGAAAUACAGAAAAUGUUGAAACUUUACUUUAGCACAGUCACUGCAGCACCGCUAUCUGUAUUUGUCAACAGUCUAAGACGGGGGAGCGUUAUUGCAGACUAUACUGUUGUAUAUGAUGAGAAAGAAGACGUGAAUGGGACAGCAGAUUUAAUUGUUCAAGCAAUAAUAGAUUUAGAGGACGGUGGAACCCUUGUGUUUGAUGAAAAACAAAUCCAUGCCAAAUCACUGUUGCCGGUCAGUGCUACUGAUCCAUGUGAUGUUCGUGAACAACUAGCUGGUCAGUGUGAAGAAGGCUCUUAUUGUGAAGUUAAUGGCAGAAAUCCAAGUUGUCGAAAAGUAUCGGAUUCCAUUCACAAAGAUUACAACAUAAUAUACGCUGUAAUUGGUGUAGUUGGUUUCCUGGUUGUACUAGUGCUGUUGAUAUUGUGUGCCAGUCAGAUAAGAUCAUACCGAAAUAAAGAAAAGUAG